CAUAACAAAAAGUAAAGACCAUCUAUUUGGGUCCUGAAGAAGGAGGGGUAUUUCACGUCGGACUAUUGAGUUUUCUUCAUGUUCGUGUGUACGUUUGCCCGUCAGUGAAAUACAGUUGCGUCUCAGCCAUUUUUUCGUUGGAUGUUCGUUGGCCGCGGUCGCAGAUCGGUUAAUAAGCUGGCUGAACUUGGUGCCGCGUUUAAGGGUUAAAGCAACCAGCUAGCCACGUUGCUAACGUUAGCUACUACAAGCGCUGCUGUGUGAGCCAACGUCUGGAAGGGCGUACGAGUUUGACGUUUUCUCCCCAAGUCUCCUCACAUUUUUGAGUUUAGUACAACGCGGUCCUCUCUCCUCAAAGCUAACCCACCCAGUCAACAUGGAGGGGACACACUUUGCAAGAGCAUGAACACGACGACAAACGGCGACUAAAGAGGAUUAAAAGCAACUCGGUCUUGAUGGGGAAAAGUUGAGUUGAGGAUUAACAACUUGGGAUAAACUGAAGAACGGUUUCAAGUCUUACUAUUGUAUAAGGGCAUGCAAAAACCUCAGUGAUGGAGUCAACAGUUGUGAGUACGUCCACUCUGGCCCCUGAUGAGUUUGAUAGAAACGUGCCGCGGAUCUGCGGCGUGUGUGGUGACAAAGCCACCGGCUUCCACUUCAAUGCCAUGACCUGUGAAGGUUGCAAAGGUUUUUUCAGGCGCAGUAUGAAGCGCAAGGCCGCCUUCACAUGUCCCUUUAACGGCAGUUGCACCAUCACCAAGGACAACAGGCGCCACUGCCAGGCAUGCCGACUCAAACGCUGUGUGGACAUUGGCAUGAUGAAAGAGUUCAUUCUGACAGAUGAGGAAGUGCAGAGGAAGAAGGACCUGAUUCAAAGGAGGAAGGAUGAGGAAGCACAGCGUGAAGCGGAGAAGGAGGCGCGACGGCCCCGGCUCAGUGACGAACAGAGUCAGGUCAUCGCCACGCUGGUGGAAGCGCACCACAAAACAUAUGACGACUCCUACUCUGACUUCUGCCGCUUCAGGCCUCCUGUUCGCGAGGGCCCAGUGACGCGUAGCGCCAGUAGAGCGGCCUCUCUCCACUCUCUGUCUGAUGCCUCCUCUGACUCCUUCAGUCACUCUCCAGAGUCGGUCGACACAAAAAUGAACUUCAACAACCUGCUGAUGAUGUACCAUGAGCAGGGCAACAGCCCUGACUCCAGCGAGGAGGAGGGCUCCAGCUUCUCCAUGCUGCCCCACCUGGCUGACCUGGUCUCCUAUAGCAUCCAGAAAGUCAUUGGCUUUGCCAAGAUGAUCCCUGGGUUCAGGGAGCUGACGGCAGAGGACCAGAUUGCCCUGCUUAAGUCCAGCGCCAUUGAGGUGAUCAUGCUGCGCUCAAAUCAGAGCUUCAACCUGGAAGACAUGUCCUGGAGCUGUGGUGGGCCUGACUUUAAAUACCAGAUCAGUGAUGUCACCAAAGCGGGCCACACUCUGGAGCUGUUGGAGCCACUGGUGAAGUUCCAGGUGGGCUUGAAGAAGCUCAACCUGCAGGAGGAGGAACAUGUGCUGCUGAUGGCCAUCUGCUUGCUUUCUCCAGACCGCCCAGGUGUGCAGGAUCAUGCACGGAUCGAAGCCCUCCAAGACCGUCUGUCAGAGACCCUGCAGGCCUACAUCCAGCUUCGCCACCCAGGGGGACAGCUGCUUUAUGCCAAGAUGAUCCAGAAGCUGGCCGACCUGCGCAGCCUCAACGAGGAGCACUCCAAACAGUACCGCUCGCUCUCCUUCCAGCCGGAGCACAGCAUGCAGCUCACUCCGCUCGUGUUGGAGGUGUUUGGCAGCGAGGUCUCCUAGAACCUCUGAACCACCUCAGUGAGGCAAAAUGGAGGGAGGGAGUUGAGGAUGCGCUGGAUGGGACUAAAUGGAGGUGUGUGUGUGUGUGUGUGUGUGUGUGUGUGUGUGUGUGUGUGUGUGUGUGUGUGUGUGUGUGUGUGUGUGUGUGUGUGUGUGUGUGUGUGUGUGUGUGUGUGUGUGUGUGUGUGUGUGUGUGUGUGUGUGUGUGUGUGUGUGUGUGUGUGUGAUGGAGAGCAAGCAGAUGUUAAGAGACUAAACAAGGAAACUUCAUAUAAUACAAAUCAACUAUACAUACAACUUCUGCUUAUAUACAGUGUUUUUGUCUAUUUAAAUCAACAAGCAGCUGCUUUAAAUGCCUGGACAUUUUGUGUGUGUACGUGACGUGCACACACCAACACAACAAGCAUACUCAGUUAUUCAUUUAGCCAUUCAGUUGAGCUACCUCUUUGUUUUACUGGGGUUGUUUUACAUCACCUAUGUAAAACAGUAACCUUUACACGGACAAUUUAGAUACAGUCUACUAUACUAUACUGACAGUUCAGUAUUUUUCAGUGCAAAAGCAGUGCCUGCACAUUACUUUGACUUUUUGAUGUUUCAAAAUUUCAUAUUUUUUUUUUUUCAUCUGCUUCUCUCCAAGGCAGCGUCUAUAUGACUGUGUAUACCAUUCAAAACACAUACCUUUCACCAAAGGUAUGGUCAACUACUUUCUCAAAAAGCUUCCAGUACCUAAAAAUAGCCUUGCUGCUUGAUGGCUCGUUUCACGCAUGCAGCCACUCGACAUGCUAGCAAGUUGUCUGACUAGCCUCACAGCCUAUGAAAACUAAACUGUCAUUAUUUAGGUUUAUACUGCAGAGUACAGAACGGUCUGUAAUAUAGUGAGGUUUUGAUAGGACUUUGGGGUGCCUGGUUUUGAGAUGAGAAUUAGCCACUAAAUGUGUUAGCUACUUUUACACUGCUAACUGUCAAUCAAACCAAGCCGGCAUUAUGGCUUGUUACGCUCUUAAAAAUGUUUUUCAUUAUUCUUCUCGUUUUGUUUGUUUCCAUGUAAAUAGUUAAUUACUACCACAUGUAUCCUACGCACUGUUUUACCACAUUUUACUCAAGCCUAUGUAUUGAUAUACAGUAUCUAUAUUAUCACAGAUUUUAAAGGGCUAAAAUGCCAAAUCUAACUGGAUAGUAAAUCGAGGCCAAAGCAAGGGGCCUGUCUUGUUAAUAUAUAGCUGCAUACCAUACUUGGAAUUGGCAUAUAUACUGAUGUAAUUGCAAUGGAUGUUUUUUCUUUUUUUUUGUACGUCAUUUCACCUUUUAAAAACAAUUCCAUGAAUUGUUCCUCCUUAGUAAACAGUGGCUCGGUGGGCAGAGAGCUUAGGAAGCUGCUUCAGACCUCCCCAGAUAUCACACCCCUUUCGUUUCUGACAGGGAAGUGGAUUUUCUAGAAUGUCGGAGGGCCUGGGCUGUGCUGAUGGUGCGCACCUCUACACUCAGGCCCUCCUGUUUGAUGAUGUAUGCUGCGCAGCCCUCUAGUGGCUGCAUUGUGUAAAUACCAGGUAUAUAAAUAUAUAAAAGAUGUCUGCCGCUGUACAUAGGGCUACAUAAAUAAUUCUCAAGGCUAAUUCUUUCAGAAAUAUAUAUGCAAAUAUAAUAUUGACCCUUUUUUUCUUUUUUGAUUCAUUAUCACUACUUUCUGAGACACUAUGCUCUUUUGUUUUGACUUUGAUCAAGUUUUUUUGUAAGAAUGAGUUAGAAAUGGCUUAAACAGGGAUUGCUUUGUGUAUUUGACUCAGUCAAAUUAUUUUUUUUAGUGGUGGGUUGAUGUAUUUGCCUAAUUUCCAAGGUUCAUUUUCAGAAAGAGGACAGGCUCUCUAAUAUAAGCCAUAUAGAUCACUAAGCUAGUUAUACACCUGAUACAUUGUAUCGAAAUUAUGACUCCAGAGCCUUGGAUAUCCUCACAAUAUAAUCUUUAAAAUUCAUAUGCUAUUUAUCCAUGGCUCUUGGAAGAUAAGCUUGUAUAUGAUAGGAGCUCAUAUGCCUUCUCUCUGCUGUCAUCUUGGGCUUAUGCUUCAUCAGACAGCAUCUAAUGGCUUAUAAACCAAACUGCCAAGAGAAUUUAAAAUGCUUAGGUUUAGAGGCCAGUAAUGUUUAGCUUGCUGCAUGUGGGGUUAUGGUAACAUUUUAUGAGAUGCGUGUUUUAUUAUAUCAACAUAAUUCCCCAAAGAAGUGUUAAGUCAAAUUCUUGCCAAGUUCAAAUGAUUUCACUAAAGCGUCUCUCAUAUAUGACAUGAGUCUCAAACACAUCGUUUUUGGUCUUCUAUUUGCUGUGUGACAGAAGACGUUGAUUAAAACGGUUCCUGUGAUUGGCCUGUACAGGCCUCCUAUGUCACACCGAGAGCAGACCAGGGUUACUCUGUGAUCUUAGAGGAAGAUGGUGGGAGAGCGAGCACGUGUUUGUCUGGACGAGUUCUCACGACUGCUUUGUGUGAGAUUGUGGCAGUUGUUGCUUUAAUUUGUUCAGACCGCAUGGCUUAGGAUGUUUAGUCCAUUCUCCGUCAACGUGGUUUUAUUCCAACUCUCCAUCAGUCACUGUGACAACUAGCUGACAGUCGGGGCUGCACACAGAGAUGAUCUGCAUAGCAGAGAUAGUUAAAUAGUUUUUGGAUGUAAUCAUUGGUUUUCUUCUUGAAAAUCAUUGGGAUUAUGUUGUGUAUAUAUAUACACAACAUUAUUAUGUUGUGUGUGUGU